ACCACCCCCGUGCCAAAGUACGCACAAGCGCUCACUUUUACGCACGCCUAUUCUUGAGCCAAAUAAAGAAGCACAGCAGCCUCGGUGACAGCUGUAGGUCUGCACUGAGAAACCUGAGACAGUAACCUCUGAAAGGCCCAAUCCUGGUAUUCCCACAGACCCCUAAGCGCUUCAGCAGACCUCCGACCAGACACUGAGGCAGCAGGAGGAGACUGAAGGAGUUAUGUUAUCUUAUCAUGGUUACAUUGUGCGCAAAGGGAGACUCGCUGUUUAUACUGCUCUGUGUCACCUUUGUUUUUAUGUCAGCAGCACAAUAUGAAAACUACAAUUUCAGGAAUUUUCCCGAAGAGGAACUCAUGCCGCUCACUGCUGCGUACGGAAAGGCGCUGGACAAUUACGCAGCAGGAAACUGGACGGAAUCGAUCCGUUACUUGGAGUUAAGUCUGCGUUUGCACCGGUUUCUCAGAGACAGCGUGAGGUUCUGUGUUCUCCACUGUAACAGGAGCGAAUAUGACGAGCCUGCCUUUUCUACAGACACAGAUCUGCGCGUCUUCUGGCACGUUAUGAUGAGAGCGUCCUGUCUGAAGAAGUGCAGAGCGCAUUUCCCGGCGCUGCAGCUGCCUCCUCCAGGCAGAGAGAUCCUGGAGGAUUUCAACAGAAGAUCUGUCUACAGAUACCUGCACGCUGCUCACUCGAAGCUGAACAACCUGCAGCAGGCCGUCCCAUGUGCCUUCACCUUCCUCCAAAGGAACCCAGAGGAUCAGGAGAUGCAGCAGCUGAUGGAGGACUACAAGAAGCAGUACGACCUGAGCGGCUUCCUCAUCGACCACGAGGAACGGCCUUAUGAGGCCUCUUUUCUUCAGGGAGUGAAACUCAUCAGUUCAGGCGACUACAGCAGCAGCGUUGAGCAGCUGGAGGAAACUCUGAAGCUCUACCUGCAGGAGUACGACCUCUGUCAGUCUGACUGUGAGGACAUCAGUCAACUUUCAGCAGACAGGGACUUCUAUGCUGUCAUAGCAGAUGUCUAUGUCGACGUGUUAAGGUGCAAGUUGAAGUGUGAAGAAAACCUGAUGCCCAACAUUGGUGGAUAUUUUGUUGAGAAAUUUGUGGCCACAGUUUACCACUACCUCCAGUACGCCUAUUACAAAUUGAAUGAUGGCCGGAGUGCCGUGCCAUGUGUCUACAGCUACUUCUUGUUCGAACCAGAAGACCAGGUCAUGAAGCAGAACCUGCAGUAUUAUAAAGCCUACAGUGAACAGUGGGGCCUUCAGACGGACCACUUCACACCCAGGAGGGAGGCUUUCAGACACUACAAUCAGACCGCCACUCAAAAGCAGAUGCUGACAUUUGCAGAAAUGUAUGUAAAGAUGAGUGAUGAGGAUUUUCUUGGAGCAGAGGAAGCUGCACUUCUGGCUCCACAGUCUCCUGAUGUUGAGUUUGAAGGUAUCGGAGACUACGAGGAAUCUUUCUACGCUAACUGGAGGCAGCCGAAAGGCAAAGGGGACGCUGGAGAAGAGAGCUGAAAGUGAGGAUUUAUGCAGCAGUGGAGCAGAAAAUAUCAGCAUCUGAUAUAAUUAGUAAAUUCAGGAUUAGUAAUCAGAAGUGCAUGUAUUUACAGUUCCAGUUCUACUUCCUCAGUGUCCUUGAAAGUUGGUUAAUUAUUUGGUUUUGAUCCAUCUACUCUGUGCUUGUAAAAAAAAAUAAAAGGUCAGUAAUAACCAUUUUCAUUUUUUUCUCCAAACUACAGACAUGCUUGUACAUGUGUGUCAGGGAGAGCUGCAGAUUUUACCAGGUAAUGCCUGUAAACAACAUUUUUUUGGUUUGAUUCAUUUCUCUUAAGGGGAGUAAACCAGCAGCAGAGGAGGAGAGUGAAUGAUGACAGACAUGCCAGUAAUGUUUUUACUACUAGUUGACUCACUGAUUUUGCAAUGCAUCAAUAAUUAUGUCCCUAAAGCUCUGAGUAUUUUAUGUGAUAAACUAUUUUGCACAAUUAAAAAUACUCCCAAACA